AUGGCCCUUUACAACGUGACCAUCCUCACCACGUGCCUCCCCUUCCUUCCACUCUUCACCCCACCUCCAAUCUGUAGGCUUGGCUUGGACAUAGGCGGUGGCACAGGCAGCUUCGCUGCACACAUGGCCCUCUACAAUGUGACCAUCCUCACCACGGCGAUGAACGUGGAGACCGUGGUGGGGCGCAAGCAGGGGCUGCCCUACAUGGAGGCCAUCGCUCUAAGGGGACUCAUUCCCCUGCACCUGCCACACAAGAGCCUUGCGACCAUCCUCACCACGGCGAUGAACGUGGAGACAGUGGUGGGGCGCAAGCAGGGGCUGCCAUACAUGGAGGCGAUUGCCUUGAGAGGACUGAUUCCCCUGCAUUUGCCACACAAGGCCCGCCUACCCUUCUUCGACGGCGCGUUGGACAUCAUUCACAGCGUCAACAGCGUCAAGUGGCCCUCUUUCCUUCCUCCUUUCUCCCCGCUCUCUGCCCGCCUGCCCUUCUUUGACGGCGCAUUGGACAUCAUUCACAGCGUCAACAGCGUCAAGUACCUGCCCAUGCUGGAGUUUGAAGAGAUGCUCUUUGAGUGGGACCGCGUGCUCAGAGUUGGAGGUGUCAUCUGGGUGGAGAUGUUUUACGCGCCUCUAGACGAGUUCCCGGUCUACGUUGCUAUCCUCAAUCUCCUCGGCUACAACCGCCUGCACUGGCGUGUGCUGCCCUCCACUUCCCUCCCCUGCCCUCCCCCACCUUCAGGUGGUGUGAUCUGGCUGGAGAUGUUCUACGCCCCUCUGGACGAGUUCCCAGUGUAUGUCGCCAUCCUGAACCUUCUCAGCUACAACCGCCUGCACUGGCGCGUGCUGCCCAAACCAGACCCGGGGGAACGCAAGGGGCCUCAUGUGUACCUGAAUUGCCUGCUGGAGAAACCGGUUAGACGAGAAGAGGGGUGGGUGGAGGCUGGGAGGAGGGAGGAAGGGCGAGGAGAGGAGGAGGGGGGGAGAGUAGUUGGGGGGAGGGAAGGGGGGACGAGUGAGGAUACGGGAGGGAAGGAGGGAAUGGAGAGAGAAGUGGGGGGAAGGGAGGAAGGAGGAAGAAGAGAGGAGGGGAGAGGAGAGGGUUCGAGUAAUCAUCGUUCAGAGGGAGACGUUGAGCAAGGAAGGAGGAUUGAAGGGGCGGGCAUAGGAAACGGAAGCAGGCAAGGAGGGGCUGAGGAGGACGGAAAAGGGGAUGAGGGGAAUGGGAAGAUGGAGAGGAAUGAGGAGGAGAGGAAACUAGAGGCGGGCCGUCGUGGUGUGAGGAAGCUUAUGCGGAUGGAGGGAGAGGAAGGCAUGGUGGCGGUGGUUCGGAAGAUGACUCUGGCUGGGGGAAGGAGCUCUUUAGAGUCCAUCGAGACCUCAUUGUUCAUGGAGAACCCAGGGCCGUCGUGGUGUGAGGAAGCUUAUGCGGAUGGAGGGAGAGGAAGGCAUGGUGGCGGUGGUUCGGAAGAUGACUCUGGCUGGGGGAAGGAGCUCUUUAGAGUUCAUCGAACAUCCUAG